AUGUCAUUCGCCGAUAAAAAACCCGCCGUGCCCACGACCGCUCCUCAUCCUUGGCCUUCGCCAUCCGACUGGCCCGCUUCAAAGGUCCGACAAACUUAUAUCGAUUACUUUGUCAACCAACCUGGAUUCGAACACACUUUCUGGCCAUCAAGUGGUGUGAUUCCCUUCGAUGAUGAUACUCUUCUUUUCGCCAAUGCUGGUAUGAACCAGUACAAACCUCUUUUCUUAGGUACUGCCGACCCCAAAUCAGAUCUCUCGAAGUUGAUCAGAGCGGUGAACAGUCAGAAAUGUAUUCGUGCGGGAGGUAAACAUAACGAUCUUGAUGAUGUUGGUAAAGAUACCUACCAUCACACAUUCUUCGAAAUGUUGGGUAACUGGUCGUUCGGUAACUACUUCAAGAUCGGAGCCUUGACAAUGGCCUGGGAUCUCCUUACCCGAGUGUAUGGAUUGCCAAAAGAUAGAUUAUACGUAACUUACUUUGAAGGAGAUGCUAAGCAAGGAUUAGAGCCGGAUACUGAAGCUCAACAAAUCUGGAGGGAUCUCGGAGUAGCAGAAAGCCACAUCUUGCCUGGUAACGCUAAGGAUAACUUCUGGGAAAUGGGUGCCACUGGACCUUGCGGACCAUGCAGUGAAAUUCAUUUCGACCGAAUCGGUGGCCGAGAGGUACCAGAACUUGUCAAUGCCGAUGAUCCCAACGUUCUUGAAAUCUGGAACAACGUUUUCAUCCAAUAUAACCGAGAACAAUCAGGAGAAUUACGCUCAUUGCCCGCCAAACACGUCGACACCGGUAUGGGUUUCGAACGAUUAGUAUCUGUCUUACAUAACGUUUCUUCGAAUUACGACACCGACGUAUUCACACCUAUCUUCGCUGAAAUCCAGAAAUUGACUGGUGGUAGACCAUAUCAAGGUAAACUCGGUGAAGAAGAUGUAGAUGGUAUCGAUACCGCCUAUAGGGUAAUUGCCGAUCACAUCAGAACGUUGACAAUUGCCAUUUCCGAUGGUGGUGUCCCUGAUAAAGAUGGUAGAGGUUAUGUGUUAAGAAGAAUUCUCAGAAGAGGUGUUAGAUACGCUAGUAAUAAGUUCAACGUCAAGAUUGGAAAUUUCUUCUCCUCUUUGGUACCGGUGGUGGUUGAUUCAUUGUCCGGUAUUUUCCCCGAAGUGACCAAGAAGAUACCUGAAUUGGUUGAAAUCUUGAACGAAGAAGAAGCUUCUUUUGCUCGAACACUCACUCGAGGUGAAGCUUUGUUCAACAAAUACGCCAGUGCCGCCUUGGAAGAGAAGAGGGAUGUAUUGGGUGGAAAAGACAUCUGGAGAUUAUACGAUACUUAUGGUUUCCCUGUUGACCUAACCCAAAUCAUGGCUGAAGAACGAGGUCUGAAGAUUGAUCAAGAAGCUUUCGAGAAGGCCAGAUUAGAAUCGCUCGAAGCGUCCAAGGCGGGAGGUAAAGACAAAGGUGUAGCUGGGACUGUCAAACUGGACGUACAUGAUCUUGGUGCUUUGGAGGCUAAUGAUCAAGUCCCAAAGACUGAUGAUUCGUUCAAAUACCAACUGGACGACAUCAAAGCUACCGUCAAAUCCAUCUACCAUUCCUCCAAAUUCUACUCUUCCACCUCUGAACUUCCACUCAACGCUCCUUUCGGUGUUUUACUUGACAAGACCAACUUCUACGCUGAAUCCGGUGGUCAAGAAUACGAUACUGGUGUGCUUGCCAUAGAUGGAGAGGCUGAAUUCAAAGUAGAAGAUGUUCAAGUAUACAAUGGUUAUGUGCUGCAUAUUGGUCAGAUGGAGGAAGGUGAAAUCAAAGUCGGAGAUGAAGUCAUCUGUACUUACGAUGAGCUCCGACGAUGGCCUAUCCGAAACAACCACACAGGAACGCACAUCCUGAACUUUGGCCUUCGAGAAGUACUCGGUGACCAUAUCGACCAAAAGGGAUCUCUCGUCGCUCCUACCAAACUUCGAUUCGAUUUCUCACAUGGUAAAUCCAUAACGACACCCGAGCUUGUCAAAAUUGAAGCCAUCUGUAACGAAUGGAUCAAGAAAGCUGCUCCAGUCUACGCCAAGGAAAUGCCUCUGGCUGAAGCUUACAAGAUCCCGGGACUUAGAGCAGUAUUCGGCGAAGCUUACCCUGAUCCUGUGCGAGUGGUAUCUCUCGGUUACCCCUUGGAAGAGAUUGCUCAGAAUAUCGAAAGUUCCAAAUGGAGGGGAACGAGUAUCGAAUUCUGCGGUGGUACCCAUGUAGCCAAGACAGACGAUAUCAAGGAUUUCGUCAUUGUUGAAGAAUCAUCGAUCGCAAAGGGGAUUAGACGUAUUGUAGCUGUGACAGGACAUGAAGCUCAUGAGGUAUCGAGGAAAGCUGCCGAGUUCGAAAGAAGGCUGAACAGGAUUGCGGAAUUGCAAGGUAAAGAAAAAGAAGUUGCUAUGAAACCAUAUUUAGUCGAACUUGGUCAAAGUGGUAUCUCUUUAAUCAAGAAAGCUUCGUUGAAGUCCACUUUCGAAAAGAUGCAAUCUGAAUUAGUCGCCGCUGCCAAAGCCAAGACUGCUGCUGAUUCCAAAGUCAUCCAAGAUACUAUCAAGACCUUCUUCAAGGAGAACCCUAAUGAUAAUGUAUACGUUGGUGAAUUUGAAGUUGCAGGUGGCAAUGCUAAAACAUUAUCUGCCGCUGUCACCGCUGGUAAAUCCCUUUCCAAAGCCAUCUACGUAUUCUCCACCGACCAAGAGACUGGUAAAGUCGCUCAUACCAAUUACUUACCUAAGGAAGUGUUGGAUAAGAAGGUCAUAGAUGGUAAGACCUGGUUGGGAGAAGUUAGUAAGAUCGUCGGUGGUAAGGGCGGUGGUAAAGACGAAUCUGCUACUGGUGUAGGAAGCGAACCCACCAAAGCCAAGGAGGCUAUGGUGGUCGCUAAGAACUUCUAUCUGUCCAAGGUAGAGGCUUGA